AUGUGCAGAGGAAUUUUGAUGAUUUGCCGAUUAGUGGUGAUCAAACUCAAUGGAGCCCCCGUACCACAAUGGGUUGUAAAAACGCAAAGCUUCAUCGAAGUGAAGGACAGGCACUCGUUCCUCGACUUGGCGAUUGCACAAAACGAGGAUGAGGUGAUGCUCCAACGAGGACCCCUACUUGCUGCAUCAUCAUCGCCACACCCAUACCGACUCCGCGUGGUGAUUGCUCCC